ACAUUGCAUACCAAUAUUUUAAGAAUAUAAUGUAUUCUUGUGUUGGAGAAAGGUUCAAGGACGAUUCUGCUGAAAAAUAUAACCAAUUUAAAUAUACUGCAAUGACAGCUGAUGACAUCAAAGAAAAAUAUUUAAAAGACAAUUGGAUUAAUGCCUGUGCUUUAUAUAGUGAAGGUAGUGAAG